AUGAACCAUUUUAUUUCCCAUCUUACUUCCUCCUCUUUUGUUUUCAUUCUUUUUUUCUUUCUUUCUUUCUUUCUUCUUCCCCUUGAAAUUUCCUAUUUUCUCUUUCAAUUUAUAUUCUUACUUCCUCUAAAUUUUCUCAAUUAUUUUCCUUCGUCGUCUCUUAAUUCUUCUUCCUUCCCUAUUCACUCUUUUCUUUUCACCAAUUCCAACCUCUUGUAUACUCUAUAUUUCUCCUGCUACUCUUGCUUCUCCUUUUACCGCCGAAUUUUACUCUCCUCAUACUUGAAUUUCCACUCUUUCUCCUCCUUUACAUCUUUCCUUGUUGCUUACAUUUACCCUCUCAUUAUGCUUACUCUCCUUUUUCUCCUCCUCCUUUACUAUUUGUUUCUUUGCCGCUUGCCUUUUCCCACUACUCAUGCACAAUUGAACUUCUCUUCGCCUGCUCCUCUUUUACAUCUUUUAAUUUCCCUCUCCUCAUGCUUAACUGAGUUUCUCUUUCAAUUCUUUUAUUUUUCAUCUCUCCCUUCCUCCUCCUAUUAUUGUUCCUCUCUCCCUAUCAACUCGCCUUCAUCAAACAUUUUUACCACUUUCCAUAUUAUCUUUCUCAACCUCCCCCUCUUCACUCCCUCCCUCCUAAUUCGCAUUCUCCUUCUUCCUCCUAGUUUUUUCAUCCCUCUUCCACCCUUUGGCUACCAUAUUAAACGUCCAUCACUUUUCUCUGAAACGGAAAAUGUUCGUCAAUAA